AUGGACAAUCUCACAGAAGUGACAGAAUUCCUGCUAAUGGGAUUUUCUGACAACUUGGAAUUGCAGAUACUACAAGGUGGACUAUUUCUUUUGAUUUAUUUUGCAGCACUGGUAGGAAAUCUUAUCAUUGUGAUUAUCAUUACUUUUGAUCAGUACCUUCACACUCCCAUGUACUUUUUUCUGAAGAACCUCUCCUUUUUGGAUUUGUGCUAUAUCUCAGUAACUGUGCCUAAGUCAAUUCACAACUCCCUGACUCAUAGAAGCUCUAUAUCUUAUCUUGGUUGUGUGGCUCAAGUUUAUUUUUUCUUUGCAUUUGCAUCUGGUGAGCUGGCCCUUCUCACUGUCAUGUCCUAUGAUCGCUAUGUUGCCAUUUGCUACCCCCUCCAAUAUGAAACGAUUAUGACAUCAGGGAAAUGUCACCAAAUGGCAGUCAUGGCCUGGCUAAGUUGCUUUUCUUAUGCAGUGGUACACACAGGCAACAUAUUUUUGGAGCCCAUUUCAAGAUCCAACCUGAUCAACCAGUUCUUCUGUGACAUACCCCACGUUUUGGCCCUGGUUUCCUGUAAGGUAUUUUUAAUUGAAUUUGUGACCCUGACUCUGAGUUCUUGCUUGGUUUUAGGGUGUUUUAUUCUUAUGGUCACUUCCUAUAUCCAUAUCUUCUCAACAGUGUUCAGAAUACCUUCAGUUGAGAGUCGAGCAAAAGCCUUCUCUACUUGUACCCCACAACUGAUUGUCAUCAUUCUCUUCCUCACAACAGGGCUCUUUGCUGCUUUAGGACCAAUUGCUAAAACUUCUGUCCAAGAUUUGGUGAUUGCUAUGGCUUACACAGUUUUGCCUCCCUUCCUAAAUCCCAUCAUAUAUUGUCUUAGAAACAAGGAGAUCAAGACAGCUAUCUGGAGGUUAUUUCGGAAGAGGGUUUAUCCUCUAUCAAAAUAA